CUGAAGGAGCUGUGGGGCCCCGGGACAGUGGCAUCGGCGCUGGAUGGGAGCGCGGCUUCCCCGCUGGAACCCGCUCGGGGAGCGGGGCUGGGGCCCGCGGGAGGAGAGGGAUCAGAGGGCGAGGCCCGGGAACCGCGGGGGGACGUGGAACGUGGGCCGGGCUUGGGGCCGCCAUGCGGGGUCUAGUGCUCAGGAUCUGGUGCCUCAGCGUCGGGGGCUGUUUCUGCAGUGCUGUGUCAUCAUGACUGAGUCUUUCCUGGAAAAACUGUUUGAAAACUGAUCGCUCAGACUACUAAAUAUUUAAUUUUGUAUUUUUUCGUAGCUACAUAUAUAAAAACCCUUUGAACUUUGUGAUUAUCUUUCCUUGAAUUUUUGGGGAAGUUCAGUUUUGCCGAUGUCUUUGCUUCAAAUAUAAUUGGAUUUACCUAAGUUUUGUUCUGGCACAAAAAUUUGAAUGAUUGAAACUACAGAUAUUCACAGUUUCUUCUUGAGGACAGUCAGUACCAAUAUGGAGGCGUAGGCACCUUAGAAGGGACUUCAGUCUUACCUCUGGGAGGUAGUUCUGUGCAGAAAUAAAGAAACUAAGGCAUCAAAUACUUUUUUUAAAAAUCUGAGAGUUCUGUUUGCUUCUGUAUGCCAUAAACAUGGCAUACAGAAACUUAAUUCAACAGUAUAAAGCAUCAGAAUGUCUCAACACAAGGCAAUUAAUUAAUGUUAAAUUUGAUUACUCUGUACUUGUAACUAAGGCACCAGGUUAAAACUGAAGUGCUCUGUUAAUUUGGUGCUGACUUGUAGACAAACCUAUCCCAGGUUUGUUAAUAAAUAGAGUUCAUCCUUGUCUGAGACAGCGUACAGGAUUUGUUUCUCUAAUAGCUGAAUAUUCUAUAUGUGUGAAGUUGAGUAUAAACUAAUUUCUUUAGUCUUAACAACUUGUUACAACAAUAUGCAGAACUUGAGAGGUGGGUUUUUUGGAGUUCAGUAGUAGCAAAUAUACUGAGAUAGUUUAGUACCAUCCGUUUAGGGUCUCUAUUUUUUGUGUGCCCUUUGAACUUGAUAAAACUUUCUUUUCAGCCUCCUAGCGAGGUUUUACAAACUAAAACCUUUGUGUGUGUAUAAGCUACAUAUUUAUCAGCUGUCUAGGGUGAAAUCUUGUCCUUAAAUCACCUAACAUAUGUUCUGGAUAAGAACAAUGUUAUUUUAGUUGCCCCCUAAUUUAGUUUCUUUAUUGACAAAGGAUUUUGAUAAACUCAUUUGUGGUUUUUCCUUUUUUGAUACAACCUCCGCGAGCCUGACAAAUUGUUACUGGUCUCCCAGAUAUACAGAACAAGUAAAGCAUGUGAUGAUUAUAUGAUUCAAUGGAAAUUGCAUUUCAACAUGUUUUCUUCAAUUGUUAAAAUGGAAUGGGGAAGCUUUUGCACUGAAAGCAGUUGCUAAACUAAGGUACAAGAACUUGCCAAAUGUUUAUAAGCUGUUAAAUCAUGAGGUCAGUUCUAUUCAUAUGCACAUUUGAAGUUACACUUUAAAGUAUUUAUUGCUUUUGUACAGGUGGGGGUUGUUCCAAAUUGCCUUUAAUGCACACAACUACCUCCCAGAGGAAGACUUGUCCCAUUUUCCCCAAAACAGUCCAUUAUGAACGUAAUGGAAGAUAGCCCUUUCUUGGCUAGCAUCAUGAGACAGAGUGCUCUGUGUGAUGAACUGAAGUAUGACCUGUCCUGUGAACUCUACAGAAUGUCAACGUUCUCUACCUUCCCCAUGAACACGCCGGUGUCAGAGCGCAGCCUUGCCCGGGCUGGGUUUUACUACACGGGUGUGCAAGAUAAAGUUAAGUGCUUCAGUUGUGGCUUAACAUUGGAUAACUGGCAGCCAGGAGACAAUGCUAUGGAAAAGCAUAAGCAGCUGUAUCCUAGCUGCAGUUUUGUUCAAAGAAUGCUUUCACUUAACAACGUUGGACUGUCGUCUCGUUCUGCCUUUCCACACUCAGUUGCAAACAGUCUCCCACCGACUCUACAUUCCAUAGCACUUUCUCCAAGUUUAGAACAGGUUGGAUAUUUCAGUGGCUCAUUUUCUAGUUUUCCUCAAGACCCAGUAACUACUAGGGCAGCUGAAGACCUUCCAUUUUUGAGCCCUAAGCUUCACAAUUAUUCUAUGAGGACAGAAGAUGCUAGGCUACGUACCUUUCAGUCAUGGCCACUGACGUUUCUCUCACCCACUGAUCUGGCAAAGGCUGGACUUUAUUACCUGGGGACAGCAGACAAAGUUGCUUGUUUUACCUGUGGUGGUCAGCUGUGUAAUUGGGAACCAAAAGAUAAUGCUGUGUCAGAGCAUCGGAGACACUAUCCCAACUGCCCUUUUGUGGAAAACCUUAUCAGAGACCAGCAGAGUUUCAAUGUUUCAAAUGUAAGCAUGCAAACCCAUGAAGCACGUGUUAAAACAUUUGUAAAUUGGCCAACCAGAAUUCCAGUUCAGCCUGAACAGCUUGCAGAUGCUGGCUUUUACUAUGUAGGUCGCAAUGAUGAUGUGAAGUGUUUUUGCUGUGAUGGUGGGUUAAGGUGCUGGGAAUCUGGAGAUGAUCCGUGGAUUGAGCAUGCUAAGUGGUUUCCAAGGUGUGAGUAUCUGCUUCGUGUAAAAGGAAGAGAGUUUGUAGAUCAAAUUCAGGCCAGAUUCCCCCAUCUCCUUGAACAGCUCUUGUCAACCUCUGAUCCACCUGUAGAUGAAAACCUUGAUCCUCCAAUUAUUCGUUUUGAACCUGGAGAGAGCCAUUCAGAAGAUGCAAUCAUGAUGAACACGCCUGUGGUUAAAGCUGCCUUGGAGAUGGGAUUCAGUAGAAGGCUAAUAAAGCAAACAGUGCAAAGUAAAAUCUUGGCCACUGGAGAAAACUACAAGACUGUUAAUGAUCUUGUGUCUGAUCUGCUCACGGCUGAAGAUGAGAAGAUUGAAGAAGAGAAGGAAAAGCAGUUGGAAGAAGUGGCAUCAGAUGAUUUGUACUUGAUCCAGAAGAAUCGAAUGGCUUUAUUCCAACGUUUAACAUGUGUACUCCCAAUCCUCGGGAGUUUAUUGUCGGCUAAAGUGAUAACAGAACUUGAGCAUGAUGUUAUUAAGCAGAAGACUCAGAUACCAUUGCAGGCAAGGGAACUGAUAGAUACAGUUUUAGUGAAAGGAAAUGAAGCAGCCAGCAUCUUCAGGAACUGUCUACGAGAUUGUGAUCCUGUGCUCUACAAGGAUUUAUUUGUGGAGAAGACCAUCAAGUAUGUUCCCACAGAAGAUGUUUCAGGUUUACCUAUGGAAGAACAAUUAAGAAGAUUGCAGGAGGAAAGAACAUGUAAAGUUUGCAUGGACAAAGAAGUUUCUAUUGUUUUUAUUCCAUGUGGUCACUUAGUGGUGUGCAAAGAAUGUGCACCAUCCCUUAGGAAAUGCCCUAUUUGUAGGGGGACAAUAAAAGGUACAGUCCGGACAUUUCUUUCAUAAAGAGGGAACUUUGCAAAAUGUCUGUACUGCCGUCCUCCAGCUGCUGAAGCUUAACACAGCAGUAUCUUGAGAAUGGAAAAUUGUGAUACAGAAGAGGAUCAAUUAACUACCUAACAAAGUUUUGUGAUAGUAAAGUGUAUCCUCAUUAUGAUGUGCGUAUGAUUAUGUACUGAAGGCCUCCAGUGCCAAAGAUUCUCUGUUCAUAAACUAACUCAAUACUAGGGUGAUGUUUUUGUGGCAUUCCUUUCUGAGUAGGGAAAGUAGUUUCACUAGUGUCACUUUAUUCAAAGAAGGUUUUGGUUAAGUUCCUAAAAUGGAGCUUGGCAUAACUCUUCUUAUGAGUUUCCUCCAUGUGGAUGUGAGGAAAUAUACUAAAAUUGCUGUUAUUAAUAGUUAAUGUUAAUUAACUUCAGCUACUUCUGGAUUAGCUUUCUUCUCAACUUAAGGAGAAAAGAGGCUAACUGUUGCAGGAACAGCAGGACUUCUAAGGUUUUUUCAUGUCUUGAUACUUGUGUAAUGUAUAUUACUAAUAGUUUUUAUGAAGACUGAAUUAAAAUAUUUCUACUUCUCAAACUUGGGGUUGUUUAUUCUGUUGCCAUUGUUGACUUUUCUCUGUAGACUGCAGUGAUUAGAAAGCUGACUUUUCCUGACAAAAGUUUGGGGUUGUUUGCUUGCGAAAGUACAAUAAAACUUCAUUCCAUU